UCCUCCGCUAGAGCCCAGGUAAUGGGGGAGGGAUCGGGAGGCGCUGCUUGUCGCGGUGUGAUGACGUCAGUCCCGGCCUGGCGCGGCGUGCUUGGCUUACGGGGUCGCGGCUCUGUGUUUUUGGUCCUCAGUGCUGAGCUGAGUGCUAGGUGUGCGGCAGGCGGGGAUGUUACCGGGUAAUGAGACUGGAGAGAAGGAAGAGGAGUAUGCGGAGGAGGAUUGCCCUGAACUGGUUCCCAUUGAAACGAAGCAAAGAGAGGAGGAGGAAAAGCCUGGCCCCGGCGUUAAGAUCCCAGUCACAAUUAUCACCGGGUAUUUAGGUGCUGGAAAGACAACUCUUCUAAACUACAUUUUGACAGAACAACAUAGUAAAAGAAUAGCAGUUAUUUUAAAUGAAUUUGGAGAAGGGAGUGCAGUAGAGAAAUCCUUAGCUGUCAGCCAAGGUGGAGAGCUCUAUGAAGAGUGGCUGGAACUUGGAAAUGGUUGUCUCUGCUGUUCAGUGAAGGACAACGGCCUUAGAGCUAUUGAGAAUUUGAUGCAGAAGAAGGGGAAAUUUGAUUACAUAUUGUUAGAGACCACUGGGUUAGCGGAUCCUGGUGCUGUGGCUUCUAUAUUUUGGGUUGAUGCUGAAUUAGGAAGUGAUAUUUAUCUUGAUGGUAUAAUAACUGUUGUAGAUUCAAAAUAUGGAUUAAAACAUUUAACAGAAGAAAAACCUGAUGGCCUUAUCAAUGAAGCUUCUAGACAAGUUGCUUUGGCAGAUAUCAUUCUCAUCAAUAAAACAGACUUGAUUUCAGAAGAGGAAUUAAGUAAAUUAAGAACAACUAUUAGAUAUAUAAAUGGACUUGGAAAAAUUUUAGAAACACAAAGAUCAAGAGUUGAUCUCUCAAAUGUGUUAGAUCUUCAUGCCUUUGAUAGUCUCUCUGGAGUAAG